AUGGAAGGCGCCUUCAACACCACUAAAGGCGCCUUCAACCACAAAACCUAUCCCUUAAAAAUCGACUCUUAUCGUCACCGAGGUCUUCUGUGUUAUUCAAUUGAAGACGUCUUCCAAGCUCCUGAAGGGGCCUUCCAUGAACAGUACUCAAGGCGUCUUCCGUCGCCUGAAAGGCACCUCGAGUAUUAUUCACCCAAGGUUCUCUCCAGCGUUUGCCACGCGUCUCUAGUUGAAGUUGAUGAAGAAAUAAACUACAUUGAGGAGAAGUUGAUCCUGACAGAACUAGAGAAUAUGAUCAGGAUUCGCUUGAAGGAGCGUGGCACUUGUAGGCGUUAUCUACGCAGAGGGCAGGGACGUGAGCCAUCAACAAAUCCUAGUAACUCAUAUAAGAAUAGAAGAUACGUGAACUGCAAGCGCCAAGGUGGUGAGUUUCAACGGUACAUAAGCAUUGACAUUGAAAACCACAAGGCCAGAAGGUGGCCAGCUCCUCUGUCGAACAACAUGCUCCGCUUGGAAUCUGUAUUUCUGUGUGCGCUUCUUCCUGAAUUGGCAUCGAAUCCGCAGCAUCCCUUCUCCCUUUGCACCAAGAAAGGUUGCAAAAGGAAACGUCCCGUCUUCACUUUAUCUGAUUCCAUCCUCGCCUUCCUCUCUCGAUUGCGAGUGCUGUUCUCCCCGUCUCCCUUUCGCUCCUCCUCGCGUGUCAUGGGGGACUAUGCCGAGUUCCGCGACUGGGAGGUCCUCGACUUCGACGCCGGUGAGGACCAUAUGAAAAUCUUGCACGAACGCGCCUGCGGCGGCUCCAUCUUGUCCGAUUACUUCGCGCUCGGUGCUCAAGAGCGGUGUCGUAAAGGAGCCACCUUUAACGGAAAUGCCCACGAGGAGGAGAUGAUCGAAGCAGCUGCGCUGGUCGAUUCGAAAAGCCCUAGCUGGGUCGACCCGGAGCCCAAUUCCCAGUUUCUCGACAAGGCGAAAGAGGAUGUUGGUUUUCGUGGAACUGAGUUCUCUCCCGGCGAUUUUGGCGGGUUGCGCUCCCAUGAGUCGUCAGACGAGCAAAGAUCGGAUUUUGGCGGUGAAAAGGGCGAGCUUGGUGGCGCCGAAGCGUUCGAGGUUGGAGAUAUUGUCCAUGGAGAUGAUGGGGCUGAUAAAGAAGUGGUUUCCUUGGGAAUCGGGGAGAAGCCUGUGGAAGAAGCUCCUCAAGAACUUGUAAAGAACAUUGAGUGUUUAAAUUCAUCGGUCGAAAUGGCCGAUAACGACGGCGGAGCGCAGAAAAAAUUGCUUUUGGGAACACAGAAGGGAGUGAUGGUUUGGUGGAAGUUUCCAUUUGAACUCCUAAGGUUUUGUGCUUUCAGAGUGAAGCCAUUUUGGUCCUUCUCCAUUGCUGCGGCUGUCUUGGGGGUUUGGAUGCUUGGAAAGAGGCUGUCCGAUAGGAAACACAAAACUAGAAGCAUUCCUCUAAAUGUUCCUUUGGAUGUAAAGAGAGGAUCCCAGAUGAAGAUACAAGCAACCCGUCUCAAUGAAGCCUUCUCGGUCUUGAGGCAGAGUCCUAUUUUAAGAGCUCCACUCCACCCUACCAGUGGCUUGACCUCAUGGUCUGUUGUGUCCCUUCAGUGAGAUGCUUCGUUGGUCAAUACUAGGAGUCAGUUCGAAUAAAGUCAUGGGAGAGCUUUCUCUAUUACCCUUUAUGGCAGCUCAGAAACACCUAUUCAUAUGCGAUAUUUGUUAUGGAAGCUCUGAAUGUUAUGCAUGUCGUAUGAGCUCUAGUUCAAACUUGUAUGUCACUAAAUUUGGUGUCUGGGCAUGUUUGUCAUCCUUGUAUUAUAAGUCUUACUCAUAAGCAGGCCGAUGUCUGUCAGCUUUCGAGAUAAGUGAUCAAAGCCAUGUAUAUUCUGCCAUAACUAUAGUCCCUUUUGUAGAUAUCUAAAGAAAGUUGGUUCUCGUCUUACAAACUUUGGAUGUAUUUAUAACAUCUGCAGAGUAAUAAGAUUGUUAGUGAUAUUGCAAUUAGUCA